AUGUCUGGUCUCGCUAGAAAUCAUCUGCUUCAUGCGGUCAGGCGACGACCGUUGAUUGCAUUUUGUGGAUUUAGUGGCACCAGUCUAGCUAUUGUCGGGUUGUUGUGGUCAGGACGUGGCGAGCGCGAGGAUAUCGACGAUCCAUGUGACAAAAGGGCACUUUCAUCAGUUCCACUGUCCAAGCUUCUCUCGGGAUGGGUCGCUUUUGCAUUUUGCUCUUCGCCGACUUGGGUCGACAUGAGCGAGUCUCUGUACAACAUAUUAUCCAAAAUUCCCAUCCUCGCCUCAAUCACCAAUGCCAUCGUGAUGCAAACAUUCUUUAAUCAAUUUCUGGGUGGUGAAACGACCUCGGAAUGUCUUCCUAAGAUUGAGGCCCUCCGCAAUGAAGAAAUCGGUACCCUCCUCGGCUACAACAUCGAAGCGGAACUUGAUGGCUCAAGCAAGCAGACCCAACUUAUUCUUGAACAAACUCAACAUGUUCUUUCUUCUAUCGAAGCUCAAGGAAAGUUGGCACGAAAAUUCUGGCCUGACACCAGUGCUACUGGUGGCGACAACCGUUGCUGGGUCCGAAUCAAGGUCACAGGCCUGCUUCCCAACCCGAGUGCCCUUUACCAUGGCUCUCAGGCCAUUCUCAGAGCUAGGGAGGAGAAAGGUCUGGAUAAAUAUGUUCCUUAUCCGGGAUUGCCCCAUGAUGGUGACUGGGAAGCGGCGGUCGAAAGUGUAACAGACUCGGACCGAAAAGAGCUGUUGAACCUCCGUGCCGUAUUGGAGAAUAUUGCUACAAAGGCAAGAGACAGCAACGUGCGCAUCGUGAUUGAUGCCGAACAAACUUGGUAUCAACCUGUGAUUGACGCUUUAACCGACGAACUCAUGCAAAGAUACAACUCCCUGGAAGGACCCCCCACUUGUAUCGCCUCUUUCCAGGCUUAUCUCCGCAGAUAUCCCCAGCUUCUCGAUCAACAGAUUCAGCGCGCGGAUGAGAAAGGUUACAAACUGCUUUUCAAACAGGUUCGAGGUGCUUACAUGGUCACUGAAGCUGCCAGAUGGAAAGAAGAAGGGAGGGAGGGGCCUGGGCCGGUCUGGGAAACCAAAUCAGAAACCGAUGCCUCCUACAAUUAUGGAGUUGAGAAGACCCUCUCCACAGUGGCUGAGCAGGUACGGAAGACUGGUCACUCCAGGAUUAGUGUCGUGUUUGCCACCCACAAUUCUAUCAGCAUUGACCGCGGGAUCGAGUUGUUAGAAAAAUAUGGGAUGGCUAAGCGCCAGGGUGAUUCAAACAGGCUUGUAGUCUCGGGUGAGAUUGCUGGUAGUAUCGCCUUUGCGCAGCUUUAUGGUAUGAAAGAUGACUUGACCAACAAGAUUACUGGCACCGUGACCGCUGAGGGAGGUUUUCCACUCGUUGUCAAGUCAAUGAGUUACGGUGAUCUCAAAGAAUGUCUGCCAUUUUUGGCGAGACGGGCCACCGAGAACAAGGCUGUUCUAGAGGGACGAGGUGGCGCUGCUGCAGAGAGAGUGCGACUGGGUCGUGAAAUUCGCAGUCGGUUGUUGCCUUUCAAAAAUUGA